AUGAUUGUCUUUACUAUACUUGCGGCCGGCCUUGCUGGUUUGUGUCUUCGCCUCUUCGUCUACCCUGUUAUCUUAUACUUUGUUGAUCCUAAAGAAUUUAGAAAGUAUGAAAACUUCUCCUGGCUUUCUCCCCUCACUGAUCUACGUCACUGCUAUCUCAGCCAUACAGGCAAGCGGUCAGAGACCCUUGCCGCUGAACACGAACGCCGUGGAGAAGCCAUCCUCAGAAUUGGGCCUAAUUCAUUGUCCUUCAACCAUCCCAAGGCCAUCAAAGACAUCUAUGGCCAUCAAACAAAGUGCACAAAAGAUCACAAGGAGACUGUCCUUGCUGGAACCCAUCGAAACCUCUUCGAUGUAGUUGACAAGGGCGAACAUAGCAGAAAACGAAGACUUCUUUCAGCUGCCUUUGCCACAAGGAACUUGGAGAAAUGGGAGUUCAAAGUUCGAUAUACCACUCAGCGUCUUCUAAAUGCCUUCGACACUCGUUGCACUGCACCCCUCAAGCCAGAUACGUACCCUAACCCGGAAGACCUCACUGUUGACUUCAAUCUGUGGAUCAACUUAUGGACUAUCGAGGCGAUCAACUAUAUCGCUCUUUCGUCCAAGAUGACCUUACUUGAUACCGGCACGGAUGAGGUUAUCGCCGAGAAGCCAGACGGCCGGCUCUAUCCUGCUAGAUAUCGACAAUCGCAGAACCACUCAGCCAUGGUCAAGUCUGUCUUUGUUUGGGAAUAUGAACUUUACCCAUGGCUAGCCCGUAUCACCAAGGUCGUUCCUAACAAAUGGAAGAGCUACUGGGCCACUAGUGCUCCAUGGGGUGACGUUUGCUACCACCAAGCUAAGGAAAGGCUGAGAAAACACGAAACUAGCGAGAAGUUUGAUGACUUCUUCUCAUGUCUCAUGCAAGAUAAGAAUGGUAUUGCAAACGAACUUGAGUGGGGAGAAGUGGUUGCCGAAAUCUCUGCGAUUAUUGAUGCUGGAGCUGAGACCACUGCUAUUUCUCUUACGCAUAUUCUCCAACUGCUGAUUAGUCAUCCUGAGCAAAUGCAAAAGCUGAGAGAGGAAAUUGCCGGCAUUAUGGAUGAAGACGAUGUUAUCGCACCAUUUAGCAAAGUCAAAGAUCUCCCGUAUCUGAAGGCUUGUCUCGACGAAGGCCUUCGUCUGAUCCCACCUGUAUCCUCUGGUCUCCCACGACGCACACCACCAGAAGGAGCCAGGAUCAUGGACAAUUGGAUUCCGGGUGACACUUCUGUGUCAAUGACGAUCUGGAGCGCUCACCAUGAUAAGGAUAUCUUCUCCGAGCCAUACACCUUCAAGCCCGAACGCUGGCUUAACCCGGAAGAACGAAAAAGAAUGGAGCCCUUUUUUAUCCCAUUUUCUGCCGGUGCAAGGGGCUGCAUUGGACGGAAUAUCUCGUAUCUCGAACAACAGAUUGUUCUGAGUACUUUGGUGCACCGUUAUGAUUUCGCUAUGCCUACUGAAGGCUUCAAAGUCUCGCGAUUCGAGGCAUUUAACCUGAUUGUAGGAGAGCUACCAAUCAAGAUUUGGCGUAGAUAA